CAGAGCAGCAGCGGACAAGGGGCAACUCAGUGCAGCAUCUUCGGGGAGAUCUGAAGCAUAAAUACUCAUUUUAUUCAUGUGAGACGGGAUUAGCAGCAUCACAGCAACCUGGAACCCUCUGCUCCAUCGUGAGAGACGGUCACAGCUGGAUUAGCAAAGGAAUUUGCCAGAGAGGGACAUGGAGGAUGAUGGGAAAAGCCCUCCAGAUUCAGCCUAUGGCGAGCCAAAGAAAUACGAUCCAAAUUUCAAGGGCCCAAUCCAGAACAGGGGCUGUACGGAUAUCCUGUGCUGCAUUCUCAUAGUCUUGGGCAUCAUCGCGUAUGUGGCUGUCGGCAUUGUAGCCUGGACCUAUGGAGACCCCCGCAAGGUCAUAUACCCAACCGACAGCAAGGGCCAGUUCUGUGGUCAAGUCGGGACCCCCAAUGAAAAAAAACCUUUUCUUUUUUAUUUCAACAUCAUGAAAUGUGCCAGCCCCCUUGUCCUGCUCCAGUUCCAGUGUCCAACUACCCAGAUAUGUGUGGAAAAUUGUCCGGACAGGUUCCUCACUUACCUCUCAGUGGCAACAACCCAGCAAAACUUUGAUUAUUACAAACAAUUCUGCCGAGAUGGAUUUAAUAAUUUCACCAAGAGCCCAGUGGAGGUGCUGAGAGACAGAGAUUGCCCGGCUAUGAUAACCCCAAGCAAGCCUUUCACCAGAAGAUGUUUCCCAGCCAUUAACACACAAAAGGGAGUCGUCAUGGUCGGGAACUCGACAACAUUCGAUGAUGGGAGGGGCGAUAAGCAACGUAAUGUGACUGACCUCUUGGAAGGAGCCAAAAAAGCCAACGUGGUUCUCGAGGCCCGGCAAGUGGCCAUGAAGAUAUUUGAGGACUACACGGUAUCUUGGUACUGGAUAGUCAUAGGCCUGAUUAUUGCCAUGGUGAUCAGUUUAAUCUUUGUGGUUCUGCUCCGGUUCCUUGCCGGCAUCAUGGUCUGGGUCAUGAUCGUGUUAGUCAUUGCAGUAAUGGGUUACGGAAUCUUCCAUUGCUACAUGGAAUAUGCUCGGCUGAAGGGGCAGUCUGGCUCGGACGUGACUCUGAAAGAUAUUGGGUUCCAGACUGAUAUCCGUGUUUAUUUACAUCUCCGGCAGACAUGGCUGGCGUUCAUGAUCAUCCUGUGCAUUCUGGAGGUCAUUGUGAUCCUGCUGCUCAUAUUCCUGCGGAAGAGGAUAAUGAUCGCCAUUGCACUAAUAAAGGAGGCCAGCAGGGCCGUUGGAUUUGUCAUGUCGUCCUUGGUUUUUCCUCUCUUUACAUUCUUACUUGUGUGCCUGUGCAUCGCCUACUGGGCUAUUACAGCUGUAUUUCUCUCCACCUCCAAUGAGGCUGUGUAUAAAGUGUUUAAUGAGACCCAGUGUGACUUCUCUGGCAACACCUGCAACCCAGAGACCUUUAACACUACCAACGUGACACGCGUGUGCCCGGACGCCACAUGCCAGUUUGCGUUCUAUGGAGGUGAAACGUAUUACCACAAGUACCUCAUCGUCUUCCAGAUCUACAAUGCCUUCAUGUUCCUCUGGCUGGCCAACUUUGUCAUUGCGCUUGGCCAGGUGACAUUGGCAGGGGCAUUCGCUUCGUAUUACUGGGCCUUCAAAAAACCCGAUGAUAUGCCGGCCUUUCCCAUCUUCUCCUCACUGGGCCGGGCGCUGAGGUACCACACUGGGUCUCUGGCAUUCGGAUCUCUGAUUCUUGCUAUUGUACAAAUGAUAAGGAUCUUACUGGAAUAUCUGGAUCACAAACUGAAAGGAGCCGAUAAUAAAUGUGCCCGCUUCCUCCUCUGUUGCUUGAAGUGUUGCUUCUGGUGCCUGGAGAAGUUCAUCAAGUUCCUCAAUCGCAAUGCAUACAUCAUGAUCGCCAUAUACGGCACCAACUUCUGCACGUCUGCACGGAACGCAUUCUUCCUGCUCAUGAGGAACAUAAUUCGUGUCGCCGUGCUUGAUAAAGUCACAGACUUCCUGCUUUUCCUUGGGAAACUGUUGGUGGUUGGAUGUGUGGGGAUCCUGGCUUUCUUUUUCUUCAGUCGCCGGAUUCAGAUCGUGCAGGACACCGCUCCAACCCUGAAUUAUUACUGGGUCCCCAUCCUGACUGUGAUUCUAGGCUCCUACCUGAUUGCCCACGGGUUCUUCAGCGUCUAUGGGAUGUGUGUGGACACCCUGUUCCUGUGUUUCUUGGAAGACUUGGAGCGGAACGACGGCUCAACAGAGAGGCCAUACUUCAUGUCGGGCAGCCUGCAGAAACUGCUGAACAAAAGUAACCAGACCAAGCCCGAUAAGUAACUGCCGGAAAAACAGGACUGGACCGCACUGCACUAGUGAUACAUGCGUAUUCUCACUGUGUGUACUCCCUCUAAAGAACACGGGUGUGUGUGUGUGCGUUUUAUCUCUAGCUAUGUACAGUGUAUAUGUAGUGUGUAUUAUUGUUUAGCCAUGUACAUGCAACCAACUGCCAUCUAUGUAUGACAUGUACACCUCUUUAAGUGUUGCAUAGUCACCCACAAGUAAGUAUACCACUGCUCCAGAAGUGCAAUAACCAUCUUCUAUGCAUCCAAAUAUCUUCUGCCUUUACGGGUCUGAGCUCCAGUUUGUAGAGCAGAUUUGUCUGCCCAAGGCUGGACUUCAAUGUUGUUUUUUUUUUUUUUUUUUUUUGCCCCCCCAUUACAGUAAUAGGAGUCGUGCACACAUUUUAUGACAUGAUUCCUGUUCCUUGCAAUGGACGGCACCUUCAUGCAAGUUAUGAGUUUUCAGCAACGCGUUUUGAACGACAGCGGCCGUAAGCCUUAUUCAGCCUAUGGGAGGAUUGUGAGUUGUAGUUGAGAAACAGCCGGUAGCCAAAGACGGGCUCUUGUACUGUAGAGAGGGGGCAAAUGCCUUUAUAAACUGCUUCGUGUGACCUUAAACUGGAUUCCCCUCUUUUUAAAGUUCUUUGGGUUUUACAGGUUUUUCUAUUGUAUAAUUGCAUGGGGACAAGUUGUGUUUUGGGUUUUAUUUUUAAUGUAUAUUUACACGUUGUUAUACGUUCUGGACAGUUUCUGGGCGUAUGUGCCCAUUGUAUGCACAGGACUGCGUGGGACCUGCAAAAGUGUCAUGAAUAAAAUAAAGCAACUUUUUUUUUU